AAUCAACGCCACCGUUGAGCCGAAGAAGAGCGGAGGCAAAAGCUACCAUGUUAGCUGCUUGUUAGCAUCGCCGUGUUCUGCCUGUUUCACCUUAAACUACAUGGAGAAGAAGAGCCGCCCUUCGUUUCUAAGACUAGAUGAAAAGAUGUAGCCACACAGGUGGGGGAUCCCUUCACUGACAUAAACCCUCCUGUUUUUGGGAUAAUCCUCCCCCUCUCCAGCCCUGGAGCUCCUCCAACUCUGACCAGGAGCUCGGAUCGGCAGCUUUAGUCCAUCCGUCCAUCCUCAGCCAUGCUGUUUUCUCUGAGGGAACUGGUCCAGUGGCUGGGCUUCGCCACCUUUGAACUGUUCCUCCACCUGCUGGCCCUGCUGGUCUUCAGCAUGCUGGUGGCCCUGAGGAUGGACCUGUUCGACGCCAAGCUGAGCUGGUGGCUGGUGUUUGUCCCCUUGUUUGCUGCAGACGGGCUCAGCACUUACUUCACGGCCAUCGUGUCCAUUCGGCUGUAUCAGGAGAAUGAGAAACGCCUGGCCGUUCUGCGGCUGCUGUGGGUGCUGACGGUUCUCAGCCUGAAGCUGGUCUGCGAGGUGCUGCUGUGCCAGAAGCUGGUCGACCAGGAGCGAGCCAGAGACCUGUGGUUCGGCCUUAUCGUGUCGCCUCUCUUCAUCCUGCUGCAGCUGCUGAUGAUUCGGGCAUGCAGGGUCAACUGAGGGCAAAGUGGGCUCCAUGAUGAUGCUGGAGCGGAGAGCACUCUCCAUCUGCCAUGAGAGAUUUUAGGGAUACAAGUGAUUUUUUUUUUUUCUUUUUCUUUUGAAAUGUCACCUUUUGUGAUAAAGCUUUUUUAUGUUUAGGUCACUAAGAAUCACCUAUAGCAGAAAAGCUUCAGGAAACAAGAAGAUAAUUGAGAAUAUUACCGCAAGGUUACUUGUGGGCUCAAAGACAUCUUGUCUGUGGUGUAGGUUUGGAAUACAGAAAGGCCGUUAACAUCAUAGUUACUGACUGAUGAUGAGCCAUAAGGAGAAGUAUGUUUCAGUUUGUGCAAAGGUCUUGAGUCAUCUUUUCUUUCUUUAUAAUUUCCUUCUAAGCAGUCAUUUUAUCUCCAGUCUUUCUCUAUUUAUGUUUAAAGUAUUUCAUCACAAUGCUAACAAACUAACCAAUUAAGAAAUAAUCAACAAAUCAGAAUGUCAUCAUUUUAAAUUGGCUAAAUAUCUCAGACUUUAUGAAAUG